UCAUUUGGGAUCAGUCCACUCCACUCCACUCCACUCCAAAGGCCUCUUACUCACCAUUUUUGUCACUUUUCUCCUUAAAAAUCUAACUUCUUCAGAAUAUUCUCCACAAAAUAUCUCCCCUCUCCAACACCCUUCUUCUCCAGAUUCAGAGCCGUCCUCUCAAUACUUUGGAUGCUUAGCUUUACUUAAUCAACUCGAAGCUUGUUGUGGUGAAAGGUAACCGAAUAUGGCGCUGACUGUGGAAUCAAAUGGCAAGAAUGCGUAUACAAUUUCUGCUAAGGUACCGGCCGUUGCGAUUCCACUGGCUGAGGAGCCGUCGGAGAUUGCGUCCAAUAUCAAUUACCACGCCCAAUUCAGUCCUCAUUUCUCUCCGUUCAAGUUCGAGUCGGAGCAGGCCUUCUAUGCCACUGCUGAGAGCGUUCGUGAUCGUCUCAUUAAGCAAUGGAAUGAGACCUACCUUCACUUUCACAAUGUCAAUCCUAAGCAAACUUACUACUUGUCAAUGGAAUACCUUCAAGGACGUGCUUUGACUAAUGCAGUGGGCAAUCUGAACUUUCAAGAUGCAUAUGCUGAUGCUUUAAAUAAGUUGGGACAUAAAUUCGAAGAGGUAGUCGAGCAGGAGAAGGAUGCAGCACUUGGAAAUGGUGGUCUGGGAAGGCUGGCUUCAUGCUUUCUGGAUUCCAUGGCCACUUUAAAUUUGCCUGCAUGGGGUUAUGGUUUGAGGUAUAAAUAUGGGCUUUUCAAGCAGCGUAUUACCAGGGAGGGCCAAGAAGAAAUUGCUGAGGAUUGGCUUGAGAAGUUUAGUCCUUGGGAAGUUGUCAGGCAUGAUGUAGUGUUCCCUGUCAGAUUCUUUGGUCAUGUGGAAGUUAAUCCAAAUGGAUCCCGAAAGUGGGUUGAUGGAGAGAUUGUACAAGCAUUAGCUUAUGAUGUGCCAAUUCCAGGGUACAAAACCAAGAACACCAUUAGCCUUCGCCUCUGGGAAGCAAAAGCUUGUGCAGAGGAUUUUAAUCUAUUUGAGUUUAAUGAUGGCCAAUAUGAAUCUGCUGCACAGCUUCAUUCUCGAGCUCAACAGAUUUGUGCUGUUCUAUAUCCUGGAGAUGCUACUGAAAGUGGGAAGCUUUUACGUCUGAAACAACAAUUCUUUUUAUGCAGUGCAUCACUUCAGGACAUUAUUCUCAGAUUCAAGGAGAGGAAAAGUGAAAAGGGCUCAUGGAAAUGGUCUGAAUUUCCUAGCAAGGUUGCUGUACAACUAAAUGACACCCAUCCUACUCUUGCAAUUCCAGAGCUGAUGCGACUGCUGAUGGAUGAUGAAGGUCUUGGGUGGGAUGAGGCUUGGGAUGUGACAACAAGGACUAUUGCUUAUACCAAUCACACAGUCCUCCCUGAAGCACUUGAGAAGUGGUCACAAGCUGUAAUGUGGAAGAUUCUUCCCCGCCACAUGGAAAUCAUAGAAGAAAUUGAUAAAAGGUUCAUUGCAAUGAUACGUUCCAGCCAACCAGACCUUGAGAGUAAGCUUUCAAGCAUGCAAAUCAUGGAUAAUAAUCCCCAAAAGCCAGUUGUGAGGAUGGCAAAUUUAUGUGUGGUAUCUUCACAUACGGUAAAUGGUGUUGCCCAGUUACACAGUGACAUCUUGAAGUCAGAGUUAUUUGCAGAUUAUGUUUCUAUAUGGCCAACCAAGUUCCAAAAUAAGACUAAUGGCAUUACUCCUCGUCGAUGGCUCCGCUUUUGCAAUCCUGAGCUCAGUAAAAUAAUCACCAAAUGGUUGAAAACUGACCAGUGGGUUAUCAACCUGGACCUACUUGUAGGUCUUCGACAAUUUGCUGACAAUGAAGUGCUCCAAACUGAGUGGGCAUCUGCUAAAAUGGCCAACAAAAGGCGUUUAGCACGGUAUGUACUGCAAGUAACAGGUGUAAGCAUUGACGUGAACAGUUUAUUUGACAUACAAGUCAAGCGUAUCCAUGAAUAUAAGAGACAGUUGCUCAACAUUUUGGGUGCAAUCUAUAGAUACAAAAAGUUAAAGGAGAUGAGUCCUGAGGAAAGAAAGAAUACAACUUGCCGCACUAUUAUGUUUGGAGGGAAGGCAUUUGCUACGUAUACAAAUGCUAAAAGAAUAGUCAAGUUGGUGAAUGAUGUCGGUGCUGUUGUCAACAAUGAUCCUGAGGUCAAUAGUUAUUUGAAGGUGGUGUUUAUCCCAAACUACAACGUAUCUGUGGCUGAGAUGCUUAUUCCAGGAAGUGAGCUGUCUCAGCAUAUUAGUACUGCAGGCAUGGAGGCGAGUGGCACAAGCAACAUGAAAUUUUCUCUCAAUGGUUGCCUUAUAAUAGGAACACUAGAUGGGGCUAACGUGGAAAUUAGAGAAGAAAUAGGGGAGGAGAAUUUCUUUCUUUUUGGUGCAAAGGCAGAUGAAGUCCCUAGGCUGCGCAAAGAACGAGAAAAUGGAUUGUUCAAACCUGAUCCCCGGUUUGAAGAGGCCAAGGAAUACAUAAGAAGUGGAGUAUUUGGAAGUUAUGAUUACAAGCCACUGCUCGAGUCUCUGGAGGGUAACUCUGGUUAUGGUCGUGGUGAUUAUUUUCUUGUUGGUCAUGACUUCCCAACCUACAUGGAUGCUCAAGCAAGGGUAGACGAAGCAUACAAGAAUCGGAAGAAGUGGCAAAAGAUGUCUAUAUUAAGCACCGCUGGCAGUGGCAAGUUCAGCAGCGAUAGGACAAUUGCUCAGUAUGCCAAAGAAAUUUGGAACAUAGGGGAAUGCCGCAUACCAUAAUUACUUGCAAAAUCUAUAGUGAAGGCUUUUAUAUACCACGGUAAAAUGUUUCCCAAUUAGAAAAAAAAAAUAAAAAUAUCCGCAUUGUGAACAUGCCUCAGUAGAAAGUACCCAAUAAGCAAGAUGAUUUGAUUCAUCUACUCUGAUGUUUGUUGCAUGUGUUGGUUAUCCCAUCAUGCUUAUGUAGUAUGAUAUGCUAAGAACAUAUUCAUUGAACCCAUUUUUCCUUAUUGUGGAAAUAACAUAAUUGCAUGGGAUUAUGCACUCGCGUUGCUAGUGACAAAUUACCAUAG